AUGAAUAAAAAAGCAUUAUUAAUUUCCAUCGAAGGGAUAGAUGGUAGUGGUAAAUCUACCUUAAUUAAAAAACUAAAUGAAACAAUUAUUAAUUCGGUUAUUACUCAAUCACCCCGUGGCACUAUUUUAGGAGAAAAAGUUUGGGACUUGGUUACGGAAAAUUUGCCUGAUUUGGCUGCCGGUAAAACAGUUCUAACCGACCGUUAUAUUGACAGCACCUUGGUUUAUCAAGGAAUUAGAGGCAAAAUUCCCAUUACUAAAUUAGUUGAGUUAGAAUUUCACCAAGUAAUUCGUAAUGGUUAUUUAAAAAUGAAAAGUUAUUUUCCGGAAAGAAUUCACAUAAUUAAUGCUGAUAGAAGCCAAGACGAAGUAUUUAAGGAAGUUUGGGAAAUAAUUGAAGAAAAGUCAAAUAAAACAAAUUCCUAG